AUGGCGGAUAGCAGCAAGAAGAGGAAGCACAGAGACGAUGCAGGCGCCGAGACCAAGCUGAAGAAGAAGAAGGUCUCUACAAAAUCUUCGGAAUCUCCGUCAAAAAGUGCGGCCAUAAAAGUCAGCUCUGUCAUUCAAACACCAGCUUCUCCCCCGGUAAUAGCCACCGCCUCGGGCAUUUCGAUCUCGAAAGAUACCAAGUACAACACAUACUCCCGACGCUCCACGAAAAAGUCCAAACAUGGCGCAGGCGAUCUCUUACUCCACUCCUCGAGCCACAGAACUGUCGACUACACAGCCCGGGAGGACAAGCCCUCCGUUGGGGCUGGACAGCCGCUUCUGAAACACUACGUCGGGCUUUUCGACCCGGCCAGCGGUCAAUUGCAGCUGGUUGAGGCGAAGAAGAUGUCAAUAAGGGGCUCUGUCCGUGCUCAGCAGGCACCGCAGGAGGAUAUGGAGUCGCGGAAGCUGAGCCAGGUACGGCUCGCCCUACCUCACAUUCUGCGCACCGCAGCUAACCUGUCGCAGACUACGAUGAACCUGAAGGCCGAUCUUGGCCAGACUUUCGGUACGAAGAAGGCGAAGAAGGCGCUGGCAGCCAUCACCGAAAACGCGAUCUCCCCACGAAAGCCCCAGGCCGGCGACGCACCACAAGCGCUCGAUGCGUCGGACAAGGCCCUCAUGGCGACCAUCAAGGACGUCACGAUGAGCGUUGCCACCAAGGAGGACCUGCAGAACGCGAUGGACGCUGCCAAGCCGGUACCGCGGGGCAAUUACGAGGCCGAGGAGAUCCAGGACGUCUACCGGCCGGAGAACCUCAUCGGGAGGGACAUACUUGAGCUGAUACAGGUGAACGACUGGGCGGAGGCGGUCAAGAACAACGAGGACAUCCAGCUGCGGUCGCGGUUCGUCGCGCACCGGAUCAACCGCAUCGGGUCGGGCGAGAGCGCGGUGCUGCGGCUCCGGGUGCUGCGGUACCUCUACUUCCUGGUGCUGCUGUACCUGACGUCCAAGAAGGGCAAGGACCGCGGCACCAGGGAAGUUCUCAAGAAGGACAAGCUCACGGAGGAGCUGGCGCCCGCGCCGCCGCCGGUGGUGGAGAGCAUCCGGCGCAAGUUCUCGGAUAACGGCGUCAUGCGCAAGCAACACGUGGACCUGCUCGCGACGCACUGCGCCGCGUUCGCGUGCAUCCUCGACAACUUCGAGACCAACACGUGGGACCUCAAGGAGGACCUUGGCCUCGACCAGAAGCAGAUGAACCAGUAUUUCAUGGAGAUCGGCGCCACGUUGAAGAAGGUCAAGGCCGAGGGGGAGGACGGACAGCAUCGCGCGGCUUAA